ACAGUGAAAGAAUUAAUAAGGCAUGGUGAUGACGGAAAGAGAAAAAAAAGUAGUGAGAGAAAGAGUGUUCUUUGAUUGUUGUCUGAAGCCACACCCUUGGGUGGCCUUGUAAUCUCCUCCCUUAAGGUUAAAAGCAGAAGGAAUGACAAGGGUGUGAUUGCAAACUGCAAUAGACAGGUGUUAAGACCUAAACUAUUGUAAGAGUGUAUUUUAACUGCCAAACAAGUCACAGAGCCGUCUGUGAAGCUGAAGUAACAAAAUGAGCAGGUAUUCUUCCACAGUCAAGAGCACCUCUCUCCUGAAAGACAACAGCUGGAUCAAAAAAGUGGAUGAUGAGGAUGAAAACAUUGACCGCGAUUUAAACUUUGGCAAAUCUGUUCUAGGCCAGCACCUGACUGAUGGAACUUCCGCGGGUUCAGAGAGUGAAGAAAUAAAAACCACCAGAACUACAAGCAAUUCAACAUCUGUGCAGGCUCUCUCCAAGAGAUUCAGCGGAAGUCAGGAUGAGCUGAGGAGCAGUAACAACACCCUCCCUUCCAGUAAGAGUUCAUCCUCCUACACCAAAAGCACAUACUCAACCCUGAAGUCCGAGUCUCCCAGCAGCACCAGAACCACCUCGGUCUCCAAGGACGGCACAAUCACUGAGACCACCACCACCAGUCUUAGAUCCCCUGUGAUAAAAGGUUCCACCAAGACUGAGACGUUCACUGAGCGGGUCAAGUCUUCAAGCAAGAGUGCGGAGGACAAACUCUACAACACACUCAUCCCCUCGUCGAUCAAGGGUGAUUUGUCGUCCACAGACAGGAAAACUGUCUCCACGACUGAGAUUGUGACAGUAAAAAGCAGCACUGACACUAAUGCGGAGAACAAACUCAUCCCCUCAUCGAUCAAGAGUGAUUUCUCACUCAUAGACAGCAAAACAACUGUCUCCAGUACUAAGACUGUGACAGUCAAAAGCAGCACUGAUGGAAAUGGUGUUCAAACUACAACCAUGACAAAGACUUCCUCUGCAGCCGAGGAUGACUUGUAUGACACUCUCCUGCCGAGAUCCAUUACAUCUGCAUCCUAUCUGUCUUCUUCUGUCAGCAGCAGCAACAUUAGCAGCAGCAACAUCGCAAAGAGAGAGAUCAUCACAGUGGAGAGCAGCAAAGGAGGAGAAACCCCAACUCUCUCAUCUACAUCCUCCAAAAGCUACAGCUCGUACACUGAAGAUCUUCCCUCCACCCGCACCACCUCCUACACCAUUAGCACCAAGCCCAGUGACGACUACAGUGACCGUCAAAGCUUCUCUUACUCCAGACCAGACUCCAGUUAUGAGUACAGUAGUAUCACCAGUCCCACUGCCUACAGCUCACAAUCAUACAGGAGCAGCAGCAGGUCAGAUGACAUGGUAGAUUCAAUCUACCGCGAAUCCUCGAUGAAGAGUGUGUAUGCAGCUCCUAAGAGGGCUGUGCUUGAAAAAGACCUGUGCAGUUACUGCCGUAAUCCCUUCUCUGGCGAUGCAAAAAUGGUCCUGGAUGACAUGAAUAUCAACUGCCACGCCUCCUGCUUUAAAUGUGAGGUGUGCAACAGCAAUCUCGGUAAUAUGAAAGCUGGGGACAGCAUGUGGAUCUACAAACGCAUGGUGCACUGUGAGAGCUGCUUUGAGGUCACCAGAGAAAAAUGGCGACGCUGAGUUUCUCCUAAGCCUGGAGAUCCACGUUAUUACAAAUGAAAGGGAGAUUGCUGUUUAUCAAUAUGUUUUGGGGGACAUGGGGUUUCCUGUACUUACAUUUUUACAAGCUGAGAAUGCUUUAUCUAGGUGUUUUGACAAGUUACACAAUGUGAUUUGUCAAAUCAUGCACACACCGUUGCAGCUAUCUGUAACUGUGUUGUUGACAUCAUAAUAUUUCUGUCUCUGCAUUUACCUCUUUUUUCAGAAAUAUGAGAUAGCUCUUCUGAUCUUGUCUUUUAGUCUGAAGCCUUUGGGGGACUAUUGAAAUAUAUUGGGAGAUAUUGAAAUUUAGAUAUUUAGGGCCGGGUGCUUUUUCUGUGUGCAAUAAAUACAAUCAAUAUAUCUUUA